AUGGCGACUCCAAGGUUUAACUCCAAAUCCCCUACCAUUAAACGAAUACUCCGUGAAGCAGCAGAGAUAUCACAAUCCCCCUCCGCAGACUACCACGCCUCCCCCGCCACCGACUCCGAUCUCUUCGAAUGGCACUUCACACUCCGCGGUCCACCCUCCUCCGCUUUCGCAAACGGUAUCUACCACGGCCGGAUAGUCCUACCUCCAACAUACCCACUACGACCUCCUUCCUUCCGUUUCCUCACGCCAUCCGGUCGCUUUGAAGCCAACCGCGAGAUAUGCCUCAGUAUCAGUGGGCACCAUGAAGAGACCUGGCAACCUGCGUGGGGAAUCCGCACUGCGCUCGUGGCAUUGAGGAGCUUCAUGGAAACGGAUGCAAGAGGGCAAUUGGGUGGGCUGGAAUGUAGUAAGGUAGAGAGGGAGAGAAUUGCAGAGGUGAGCGGGGCGUGGAAAUGCAGUAUGUGCGAGAAGAGUAAUCGCGAGAUACUGGCCGAAUGCGAGGAGGCCGUCAAGGAGAAGGAGAGAGCAGGGGAGAAAGUGGAGGAGAAAGUGGAGGUACCUAGUGAGCUGAAAAUGGGUUGGAAGGAUGAGAUGGGGAAUAAUAAGAAGGCCGAGGGGGAUGGGGAGACUGAGGCUGAACUUGCGGAGGGGUUUGUGAGGACUACAACGGAUGGGCUUCCUGCUACGUCAAAUGGUCAGCAGGCCAGUUCAUAUCCACCAGCGAGGCCUGCACAAAGCGUACCUCAACCGACGGGCUCCCAACCUCUUCAGACACAACCUCGAGUACCGCAACCACCGAGUAGCACAUAUCAAGCGCAACAAGCACAACUAGCUCAAAGGCGCUCAGAUAAUGAGUUACCAAUUUGGAUCGACAGAGCCAUUGCUGGCGUAGUGAUCGUUCUCGUGGCGAUGGUACUAAAAGUCUUACUUGGCGCAUAA